CCAUGGAAUCCUGCAGAAAAUGUUCGUAUUAAAAAUGCAGCCGUGCAAAAACUAUCUCUAACAGAUAGAAAAGCAUUGCCACCCGGCUCGAAGCAGGCGUGCAGGUAUGGCCACCUCAGUCUCCGCCGAGCAACCGGCCUCUCAACACGUGUCCUUCAGUGUCAGUACCGUUACCAAGCGUGUCCAAUAAGUAUUACGUGAUUUCAACCCGGAGAAACCAGAAAGUGACCAAUCAUGGGGCUCCGCUCCCUUCUUCUCCUCUCUCUCGCCUGCCUCGCCACAAGCGACAAGCUCCACCUAGUCUUCGAAUGGAGCCAGCUUGACUACCAAUAUGCCAGUCCCGAGUCGCGGCAGCAGGCGAUAGACAGCAAGACGUUCAUCCCAGAGAACAACAUACCGAUGGGCGUGGAGGUCUACGAGGAUAGACUGUUCGUUACGGUGCCGCGGUGGAAGCAUGGGGUGCCGUCUACGCUAAAUUAUGUUAGCUUGAAAGAUAAUAGCACCAAGUCACCGAACUUAAUCCCCUACCCGAGUUGGGCAGCGCACUCUAUCGGAAGUGAUGGAAAACCUCCAGAAAUCAUUUCACCGUUCAGGGUCCGAGCUGACAAAUGUGGACGUCUUUGGGUCCUAGACAGUGGAAAGAUGGGCAGCCUCGAAACUAACGCCACCAAGUUCUCGCCCUCAAUCAUCGUCUACGACUUGAAGACUGAUAAUCUUUUGAGAAAGUACACAUUCCCUGCAGACCUGGUCAAGCAAGAUUCUGGGUUUGCCAACAUUGCAGUGGAAGAUUUAGAUUGCGAAAAAACUUUCGCGUACGCCGGCGAUGUUGGUAAGGCGGGAAUCGUAGUCUACUCUUGGGAAAAGAACGAAUCGUGGAGAAUUAGUCAUCAUUACUUCAACCAAGAUCCUCUGGCUUGCGAUUUUAAUAUUAAGGGAUUGAACUUCACUUGGGAUGACGCCAUCUUCGGCAUGGGACUGUCGGCGCCCAACUCUGACAACUACAGCACCCUCUACUUCCACCCGAUGGCGAGCUUUAAUGAGUUUGCUGUUUCCACAGAAUUCCUGAGGAACAAGACUUUAGCUGAAGCUAACUUCAAUUCUUUUAAACUACUCGGUAGCAGAGGUCCAAAUGCUCAAUCAAGUGCGUCAUUCGUGGAUCCCAAGACAGGCGUCCUUUUCUACUCUUUAGUGAACCUUAACGCUGUGGCUUGCUGGCGGACGUCCAACAAGGAAUACACAAUGAAGAACCAGGGUCGAAUCUCCAUGAACGACACUACCAUGAUCUACCCUACUGACAUUAAGGUGGACAGCAAUCAGAACUUAUGGGUUCUUUCUAACAGGCUGCCUUUCUGGAUGUACGGACAAAUGAACCCUGCAGAUGUUAACUUCAGGGUAUUCACAGCUCCCGUCUUAGAAGCGAUUAGUCACACGGCGUGUGACGUCACGGCGAGAUCGGAUAUUCUUGAUAAGUUUUUGGGUAAUGUGAAGAAUGCUACAGCAAAGAUUGCCUCUAAGAUAAAGCCAAAUUCAUGUGCUUCGUUUGCGCCUAUGUCGUUCGUUGCGUUAGUUAUGUUAAGUUUGUUCAUAUCUUCUAUUGAAUAUUAGCCUAGUCUAUGUAUGUGUUAUUGAAAGCCUGGCGUUACUUAACUUGUGUGUCAAGCAAGAGUUGCUUAUUCGGUAUAAAUUAUUUGUUCUCCCUUGGCCUUACUUAACGAGUUUUCAAUGAAACCUGUUGCUUGUUAGAUUGGUAAAUAUAAGUCGGUCGAUCUGACUUGCGAAUCAGAACAUAAUUUAGUUAAUGUAAUAACUAUUAAGCGAUUUAAGAUUCGCUUGCCAGAUUGGAGACAAAGAGUUAAUUAGGGCCACACAUUUGAAAAUGGUAGCUCUAAAAUAUAAUCUUUAGAAACCGAUUGCUACCAGGAACAUAUUAAUAUAGAACAUAAUUAUGUAUGUAUAUAAUUAUUGUACUCCAGUUAAAUUAGUUACAUUGUAUAGAGUUAAGUAGAGUGUGUUUUAUAAGUAUUUUUAGCAUUAAGCUUAUAUGUAGGUAUAAUUUCUAGGGCUAUUAAUUUCAAGACUGGUAGCUUUCGGUAAUGCGUAAUACAAAACGUCACCGCUUACCCAGAAUUUUAGUACAAAAGGUUCAUUUUAUGUUUAUUUUUUGUUUGCAAGCUGAUUAUUUUGAUUGACAGCAUCAAAAAAAUAAUAAAAAAAUAUUAUAGUUUUCUCCAAUUUACUUUCGUGAACACAUUUUUAAAUUUGAUGCUUGAAUUUGUAUAACAGAAAAUUCAAUCAAAAUUAUGGAUGUGAACUUACAAUACAGUCAAAUUAUGUCUUACUUUCAUUUGUAAAAAUCAUAUCGCCACGCCAUAGUUUGUCGAUGGGUCAUUUAAAUGGUUACCGCUUUAUUUAUUACCUAAUUUAAAAUGUAUAAUCGUUACUGUUAGUAAAAAUCAAUGGAAACAGGUGACUGUUCAGGAUUUUCAUACGAGGUGACACGUUUUCAUUGCGUUUGAGUGUAUUUGAUAUCAUUAACUCUUUGGAAUGCUAGCACUAUUAAACGCGUUGACGCCUGUCUCGCUCGCACUAUAAUAAUUUUUGUUAUAGGUACAGUGUGUGGUUGCAUGUUUGCUAUUGGUCGUAGUCUUUUGAUAUAGAUCGUGUCAUUAACGAAGACGCGUGCCUUGACUCGUAAUGCCAUGCUAUUAAAGGCUAGAUUUGACAAAUCUGCGCGUCAUCGUGUAUGACACGAACUAUAUAAGUAGUACAAAUAAGUGACUAAGAAAUAUGUGGUAAAUAAAGUGCCUGGGGUUCACAGUACGAGUACUUAUCGCCAACGUAUUUAUGUGCCUUGAAUCGUGAUAUAUUGUAUUAUGUAUUAGGUUAUUUUGUUUUACACAUGUUGUAAAUAUUCUAAAGCUGUAAAUAAAUGCUAUAAGCUUA